CGCAAAAUGGCGGUCAGUGCAGAUAAUUUGUUUUGGUAGCUGAAGGAAUUAUUGGAUUUCCUUACCCAAAUAUGACCAUAUGACUUCCAUGUCUGUACUCAAGUCCACUGAGUCCCCGGGUUCUUACUGUGGUGUUCCAGCCCAGAGAAGCUCACAGUGGGGUCCAGAGAUGGUCUCUGUGAAGCUGGAGGACUGCAGUCAAACACUGGAACUGAAUGUGAUUGUCAAAGAGGAGGUGGAGGAGAGAGGAGUCAAAGAAGAAGAGGAGAACAGGGAAGUGUCUGCUCCAGAUCUAGAGGAAGAGGAGGCAGCAGUAGAUAGUAUCACUGACCCAGGAGAGAUCUCCAACCCAGGUUCAGACAGUGAGCCCAGUUCCACAGCAUCAGGAAACAAUAAACAACACAGACGGAGGAACUCAAGACAGAAACAUCACCACUGCAUGGACUGCUUCACUAGUUUCUAUGAUCCAGAGAAGUUGAGAAGACACACUUGUAGGCCCCUCCCCUGUUCAGAUUGCAAAGGCAGUUUUAUUUGUCUAACUCACCUCAUACCACAUCAACAGACUCUCAAAACAAAGAAGCCUUACACGUGUGGUCAAUGUGGGAAGAGAUUUCAGACCCCAAGCAUCUUGAAGACGCACCAGCUUACUCACACAGGAAAGAAGCCUUUCCAUUGCUCCCAAUGUAGGAAGACUUUUGAUUCGUCAUUACAUUUGAAGAGACACCAUAAAAUACACACAGUGGAGAAGCCUUUCCAUUGUGCCCAAUGUGGGAAGAGUUUCAGUGAUGAAGGAAAUCAAAGUAAACAUCAGAGAAUACACACAGGAGAGAAGCCUCACCAAUGCUCUGAAUGCGGGAAGAGUUUCAAUCAGUUAUCACAUUUAAAGAUGGCAGAGAAAAGCAGAGCACCAGUGUGGGACUAUUACAUCGAAUUGGCACCAGGGAAAGCAAGGUGUCUUAUUUGUGAUAAAGAUGUAAGCAUGGGGUCAGCAAUGGCUAAAUACAAAAAUACCACCAACCUGUGGAAUCACCUUAAGAACACCCAUCCAAAAGCCCAUAAGGAAGCAAAGAUGAAAAAAGCAAACGCAAAUUCUUCACAAGGAAAAUGUGACACAGACACGUCACAGACAUCGCAGGCUACACUCGUGCAACUUUUUAAUAAACAAGCAAAAUGGCAGGACAAAGACCCAAGGGCCAAGAAGAUGGAUGAAGCAAUUAUUGAGAUGAUUGCCACUGACAACCAGCCAUUCACAGUGGUGUCUGACGUUGGUUUUCAGCGGCUGAUUAGUCUUGCUGAACCCCGGUACAGGAUCAAAGAAGAAAACUUAUUUCGCACAGAAAUGCUAGAUAAAACUCAUGAAAGAGUUGUGAUGAAAGUGAAGAAUCUGGUGGCAGCAGGGAACGCUCCACACAUGGCAUUCACAACUGACUGCUGGUCAGGCACUACAGAGUCCCUGAUGAGCCUUACUGGACAUUUCAUUGACAAUGUCUGGACAAGAAAGCAGGUUGUGCUGAAUGUCAAGACUAUGACUGGAUCACACACAGGAAACUACAUCAGAGAGAUGUUUUUGACCAUGUUGGAAUACUGGGAAAUCCACACAGAACGUGUAGUGCUGGUCCUCAGGGACAGUGGGGCAAACAUGGUGAAAGGUAUGAGACUGGUAGAGCUUCCAGACUUCAGCUGCAGUGCACACAUCCUACAGCUUGUAAUCAAUGAUGGCCUAUCCAGUCAGAGAGCUGUGCUAGACAUUAUUGCCAUGUUGAAGAGUUGUGCAUCUCACUUUGACCACUCUGUACUGGCCAAACAGAGGCUGAGGGCCAUUCAGGAAGAGCUUGGCCUUCCCAAACACAGCAUCAUCCAAGCAGUUCAAACUCGCUGGAACUCAACACUACACAUGUUGCAGAGGAUGUUUGAACAGAGGCGUGCACUGAAAGUGUAUGCAGGUGAAUACGGACACAUCGGCAGUUUGUCUGCUGCACAGUGGGACAUUGUCUCUAACCUAAUUGAGACUCUGGCCCCUAUGGAGGAGGUGACACUGGAGAUGAGCCACUCCGACUCUACAGCCGCAUGCAUCAUCCCCAGUGUGUCGGUGCUGAAGCUGAUGCUACAGCAGGAGGGUUCUUCUACUCAGGGCAUCAAAACAACACGGAAGACCAUGUUGGACAGUCUGAGAAGGAGGUUCUCCAAGGCCGAGGAGACAAAGUGCCUGGUGCUGGCAACUGUCCUGGAUCCACGUUACAAGAGCUACGCCUUCAGCUCAGGGACAGCACUAGAGAAAGCAAAAGAGUGGCUGAAGGAGGAGUCUGACCUACUAAGGAAACCAAAUCCCAGAGCCACAGCAGAUGGGACGAGUGAAGAGGUGGACCCAGAUCCAGGUGCAAAGAGGCAAAGAGUCCAGGUAGAUCAGCCACCCAGUCUGGUGGACAGCCUCUACGCUAGAAUCCUUGGAAGCCAAGAGGGCAGGGCUGAAGUCCAGUGCAGUUUUGAAAUUGCGUUGGAGCGUUACCUCACAGAGCCUGUCAUUGACAGAAAGAGCGGCUUGCCUUUAGAGUGGUGGAAGCAAAAUGAGGACAGAUUUCAAUAUCUCGCUCCACUGGCAAAGAAGUUUCUCUGUCCCCCACCUUCUUCGGUCCCAAGCGAGAGAGUGUUCAGUGAGGUGGGGAUAAUUUAUGAUAAGCAGAGGAGCAGACUGACAGGGGAGCAUGCAGACAAGCUCUGCUUUCUGCACUACAACCUAAAACUUCUGAACUGGGAAUAUUGACCCAUGAAAGCUGGU